AUGAAUGAAAUUCCGCAAAAAUUCAAUAGUAUGGAUCAAAUGAAUCAAGUUUUUAAUCCGAAUCAACAAACAAUACCGCCAGCUCAGCAACAAUUUCCUCAAGCAGUAAAUAUUCCUGUUUCGACUCCAAAAAUAAAUCCUGAACCAGCUCCUUCAUCAGAAAUCCAGAUUUUUCCAUUGACAACUGUAAAUAGCAUCAUAUUUACUGAUUCCUUUUGUAGUGCUGUUGUUCGUUUGCCCCAAAAUUUAUUAAAAUCAAGAAGUGAUUGUGUCGAAUUAUUAUCAUACAGAGAAUUUAAUCAUAUAGUUUCAACUCUAGGUAUGAAAAAUAUGAAAAAUAGGACAAAACAAGAAAUGCUGAAUGCAAUUAUCUUUCGAACUGGUAGUUUAUGGCCUGAAAUACAUAGUAGAUGCCAGCAAUUGAUAAAAAUCAUUGACCCACCGCCAGAGGCUCCAAAGAAAGAAUCCAAAAGUAAAAAAGCUCAAAAUCAAAUUCAAAUUCCUCGUCAACCGAGAACUCCAUUCGAUCCUCGACUUGCACAAAUUCUCUCCGACUUAUACAUGUCUCCCACAGAAAGCUGGAAUGAUUUUCUUGUUACUUCAAACCCUGAUGAAACAAAAAGUCUUAUUGAUGCAAUUAAGUCGAUAAGAUCAGAAGAAGUUGAAUUAUCUAACACAACGUUCCCUACGGAUAGUUUUAUCCUUCAAUAUAUCUCGGGCCAAUCUCGAAUUACAAAUUCUUAUCUGAACCAGUUUAAAGCUGAUGCUGAAGAUCUGAACAACAUAGUAUAUAACCUCACAAGGAACGAUCAGCCGGAUCAAUCAGCCAAUGUAAGAAACAAAGUUAAAAUCUAA